GAUCCCGCGUCGCAUUUUCUCAGUUUGCGAGGGAAAAUCAGCCACCUGGCGGUCGAAUAUUUAACUUUGUAUUCAAUACCGAAUGACGCUGCCUAGCGGUUUCCCUGUAAAAAAACAAGGGCUACAUUCCCUAGAUGCAGUUUGGUUGCAUUCAAUCAGAUUUGCUGCAUGUGACAUGGAGCCAAGGAACUAUAAAUGUGGGGAUGUGGUUUGGGUCAUGGCCGGCAAAAGACUUGGCUGGUGGGCCGGACGUGUCGAAAACGUGGAGGAAUUACGCCAAGACUUGGUAGGAGACGUAAACGACAAAACUAUUGCUGUCGUGAAAUAUCUAAAUGAAGAAAAUUACCAAUUUGUGGAAGAUGAAGCCAUCAUUUGUGCCUAUGACUCAGACCGGAAGGAAGAAUACAUAUCCAUUGGAAUGAAAAAAUAUUUCGAGAAAAAAAGAUUAAAUGAAACAAGUAGUCCCUUCAUAAAAUUCGCCAACAAUGUCAAACAAGCCGAGCAGUUGACUGGUGGUAACCCUGAUAUAGUUGAUGAUGAGAAAUAUCAACCGAAGAAAGCUGUACCUGCACAGUCAAAGUACAAAGACAUUUUUGUUGAUCCCAGAGUGAAAGAAUUGAAACCAAAAUCUCCCAUUAAAGGGGGAGCAACCAGUUCUCCGCGACGUCCUGGCCGCCCACCUGCCAAAGAAGUCGUCACUCCUAAAGUCAAUCACCCUCGCUUUCAGGGCCAAUCGGAUCACGAAGUGAGAAUUAGGAGACAAGAAAAAUCGCCUGCUACUGGAUCGCCAGGAGUCGGCGAGUACAAAUGUGACAGUUGUAGCUUUCAGACUACUCGCCUCAAUCUUAUGGUUUUCCAUAAGAAAUCUGAACACCUGAAGAGCUCAAACACUGCUACCACCAGAACACCUACUACUACCAACAUCACCAAACAAAGAGCUGCGCAGAAGAGGCCGUUGAAUUCGCCAACCAAAAAGACGACUAGUAAAAAGAGUAAGACAGUCGCAGAACCAGAACCUGAUGGGGACCUGUUUGAUCAAAUCAAGCGAAACUUAGAACCCAAAGAGACAACCGAUAGCAAACCUUCUCCUCAGUCGAAAACGUCUGUCAAAGCCUCGCCGAAAGUAGCCAAAACUCCUAAACCGCCUCGUACACCUCGAUCAGCCAAAGUUGCAACCGCUGCAACGUCGGCCAAAACUCCUACAGUUAAAGCCAAUGACACCAAGACACAAUUCAAUCCGAAGAAGAAAUGGCUCAAGUCCCUUCAGAAAGAAGCUAACCCAGAAGUUAAGAACAAAUUGAUGGCAGAUUGGGACGAGGAUGACGAGGAAGAGAAGCAGCAACAGAUCCAGAGAACAGAAGUGUCUUCAACUAAUACGGAGAGUCAAGUAGAGCCAACAGCAGAUAGUGAUUCGGAUGACGACACUCGGCCAUCGAAAUCCGGCCUCCUUCAUCAGAGAAGCGACGACGAAGAAGAUGACGACGACGACGCAGCAAUAGAGACUGACACACCGAUCCUCAAAAGUCCCGAGAAAAUCACCCAGGAUGAUGAAGAGGCAUCGAACACAGAAGCGUCGUUUAUAGCUGGAAUCAGCGCCGAAAUAGAUAAACUCAAUGCCGAUCUCGAUGCCACUAAUCAUGAAACACGAAGUUCAAAGAUUAACGGCGAACCCGAAUCCACCAACAGUUUGUCUCCUAGAAAAGACACGAGCCCAGCAUUCGUGAACGGCGUCGAAUCGCCAUCCCGUGAUCCUCAACCUUCAAAGGGCGAAGAAGAGAUCAAGCUCGACGUGGCAUCUCUUCUAGCCGAGACUAGUGUACCUAUUAUCCCAGACAUAACCGAGCUUAGUAAAGUCGUUGAAAACGAGGUCGGGAAGAGAAAAUCCUCCCAGUCAGACGACGAGGAAAUGGAACAAGAAGUCGAGAACGAGGAGAUCGAAAAAUCCAAUGCAGAAGCGCCAGUGGAACACGGAGAAAUGGAUCAAGUGGUUGAGAACGAGAUCGAGAAGACCAAUUCAGAUCCACCAGUAAACGAAGAAGAAAAAAUAGAUCAAGCAGUUGAGAACGAGAUCGAGAAGACCAAUUCAGAUCCACCAGUAAAUGAAGAAGAAAAAAUGGAUCAAGCAGUUGAGAACGAGAUCGAGAAGACCAAUUCAGAUCCAUCAGAAGACUUAGAAGAAAAAAUGGAUCAAGCAGUUGAGAACGAGGUCGAGAAGACCAUUUCAGAUCCAUCAGAAGACUUAGAAGAAAAUAUUAAUCAAGUUGAUGAGAACGAGGUCGAGAAUACCAUUUCAGAUCCAUCAGUAAACGUAGAAGAAAGUAUGAAUCAAGUUGAUGAGAACGAGGUUGCAAAGGCCAAUCCAGAGCAGACGAUGGAGGAGGAAGAAUUAGGUCAAUUGCAAGAUAAUGAUGCCAAAAUUAAUGAAAAUUUAGAACCUUCAACAAAUGCAAGAGAAAUGGAUCAGGUGGUAGUCGAAGAAGAAAAGAACAUUUUCUGUGAAACUUUGUCAGUCGAAAAAGAAGUAACAGCAGUGGCCUUGCCAGAAAACGGAAUUGAAACCGUACUGGAGAAUGGAGUCGAAGUUGCAGUCGAGAAUGAAGAGGAAAUUGUGUCCAUGACUCAAAAUGGAGAGGCAACCGAAGUCGUCACAACCAACGGUGGCAGCAACAUUCUGAUGCAGGUCGAAGGAGGAGAGACGUACAUGGUCGUGUGGGAACCCGGCUCGAAUAUACAUGAAUUCUUGGAGUGCGGAGGUGACGGAGAGGAUACCGGUGGCACUCAGACGUUGCUUAUCGAUCCAUCCUCCCUGCAGGCCGGAAGUGACUUAGAAAACCUAUUUCAGAUGGCGGUCGCCGCCUCUGCCGUAUCCCAACCUCAACAGAACGAGCAGUCAAAUCCAACAACGUCAGUCACUUCCAAAGAUGGUAAAAGGUCAACCAAAUGUGCGUCUUCCAAGGGUACACCCACCAAGGGUAACUUAGGCAUUUAUUUAUUCAUUCAUUUGCAAGGGGUUUUAAAAACAUGCGUAUGUCAAGGUAACAAGUCCCAACUCGCCGAGGAAUUGCUCAACAAACAUGGAGAUGCCGUCAAUAAAGAAUUGGAGCCCAAUACGUUGGUGUGGUAUAAGAAGAGUCCUCGGCUUUUCCUGCCGGGAGCCGUGAUCGAGUCGUCAGAUCCCAAAUCCAUGACCCUUCUGGCAUUCAACAUCGAGCAGCCCAAUAAUCAGUGCAAAUACCAACGCAAUCGAGUCAUUGCUGCCUUUCACCACGAGCUUAACCUUGAACUUCUGACUUUCGGCAGGACUAGAAACAAAGCAGCCGACCGCCAAAAACUCGACUUCUUCUUCGAUCACGCAUCCAGUUUCUCUGAUUUACGCAACAAACCGAAUUUUACUCAACUCACCGCCAGACAGUAUUUAACUUCCUGCCAUCGCUCGCCUGUAAAAUUGUUUUCCGAACGCUACUUAACGUCAUCCCCAGAGAUGAUGGACCUUUCGUUAUUUAUGGACAACAGUGAUUCUGAAGAAGAGACUGUAGUAGAGUCUGAAGAGGAAUUGAGUAGGAGGCGAGAAAUUGUGAACACGAUGCUGGAAAAACAUGUUUUGACCGAUUCCUGCCUUCAGCACCUUGCUGACUUUGUUGAAUCACCUUCAGAAGAGAGGGCCUUCAGGCUGAACCUGUACGAGUCGAAGAGCUGGAUUCAGUUGACUCGUUCCGCAACUACAUCUGGCAUUCUGGAAAACUCACGCGAGCUAUACAGCAAGGUGGCAGAUUUUCUCGACGAGAACGUGCAUCGUGUCCGAAAACUAAAGGAAGGAAUCGACCAUAAAAGAGCUUUCGUACUAGAUUUAUUGAUGCCAGAAGCUCUAGUCUAUGGUGUCCAACAAACAUUCCAUGUCACAUACCAGGAAGCUAAGGAAAUGGUGGUCUAUGGCUUGAAAAAUGUAUCAGUCAACACAUCAAUUUAGAUAUUUGCAUGAUUCACUGCUUGCAUCAAAUUUAAUAAUAAUACCACAGUGUUGUUUCUUUUGAAUUCUUUUGACUGUAUUUCUGUCUGAAUUCUUAUCUAUUUGUCAAUGCCUAUACACAGUAAUUUGCAGAAAUAAAUUUUCAAUGAUGA